AUGUUCUGUGCCACGCCCAAGUCCAAUCGUGAUCAGUUUAAAACCACACUACUACGGCUACCGUCUAAGUUUCAAUUCGAUUAUUCUGAUGCUGCUAGAAAUGAGUUGAGAAAAUCACUUUAUUAUGCUAUAUCGGAUAAAGGUACUUAUAUCAAUUAUUUUUUUCCAACCACAAAAGGUGAUCCAACAUCUCACAGCUCUUCUCAAAGUAGUUCAUGUGAUGAGUGUCAGUUGAUGAUUCCAAAUGAAAACAAAAGUGAUGAUCCUGGACAUCCAAAUAGAUUAUGUGGUCGGAAAUUCAAGAAAGGUGAACCAAUUUACCGGUGUGUUACUUGUGGGCAAGAUGAAUCCUCAGGAUUAUGCUCCAAUUGUUACUCAGAGGAAUUUCAUAAAGGUCAUGAUGUUAUGACAUCGGUUUGUCAGCGUGAAUUUGGUGGUGUUUGUGACUGUGGAGACCCAGAAGCAUGGAAAGUUGAUUUACAUUGUAAACAUCAUGAAAUAGAUGAGACACCAGAAACAGAAUUCCCACAAGAUUUCAAAGAUAACGCUCUUCAAAUACUACAUGUUGUUCUAGAUUAUCUUGUUGAUGUUUUGGCAGGCUCCACAUCCAGUAUAACAGAGCAUAAAGAUGCUGCAUCAAUCGUCCAAGAAUCAAUGAGAUCUGAUUUGCUUACUGAGAAAUAUUUCGGUAGAGAUUGGAACUCUGAAAAGUUUUAUCUUUUAUUAUACAAUGAUCAAAAUAAACAGUAUAGAGAUGCUGUGCAACGGGUAGCCUUAGCUACUAAAAAAGUGGAAGAUUUUGCUACAAUGGUUGCCGAUGAAGUGAACAUCAAUGGUAGAGCAAAAGUCAUAGGGUCUACAAAAUUAGAUGAGUUGUUGGAAGCCCGUAAGGUACUUGAAUCCACUGGAUUGACUUGUUGUAUCAAAGGAGCUAGAGAUAUAUUCAGAGAAGAAAUGUGUGCUGAUAUUGUCUGCUGGUUGACGGAAAUUACAAGAUCUUCUAUUUUGGGAAACUACAAUUUGAUCAGAACUUUGUUACUCAAAGCUAUUUGCAGUCCAUGGAACUCCGGCGUUCAGUGUAUAAAAGGAGGAGAGCUUCCAGGGUUUCUGGAUCAUGAUAAGAUACCUAAUAUUCCUAUCAAGGUAUCUGGCAUAUCUAAAUCAGAAAAUUGGGAUUACAUACCCAAUACUUGGAAUGUUGAUCAAAAUUUAGCCGAUGAAUGCCACUAUGAUGUCAAUUUUUCUUUUAAUGGACAUGACAAAGACUCUUUUCAUGGUUCGAGAUUUCAAUAUCUUUUAUAUUUUGACAUCAGGUAUUGGAAAUCAUUCAGGGUUGAUUUGCAUAACUUGUUCAAUUCAGUUCUGAACUCAAGUUUACUUUAUAGGCCAUUGAUAUGUUGUCAAUACCUUGAUAUAUAUCCAACUAUGUUAGAUCUGUUUCUGGUACAUGAUAGAGAACCUGAAUAUAGUUGUAUGACUAGUUUGAAUCAGUUAUUGACUCCUGUUAAAAAUGCUACUUUGAUCGCUGAACAUGGGGAUCUUACAAGAUUAUUAGCUGCCGCACAUGGGUUCCUGACAUCAUUAAAUGUUACAAGACCUUGUGAUGUGGAUAAAAGUCUAUGUCUGUCUACAAGUGCAUUCAAGAAUAGAAAAGUUGGUCAAGUAUUUUUUGAUAUAUGUUGCAUUUUACUGAAAUCCAAAAAUCCUAGAAGCAUUUUAACUGAAAAAUUCAUUCAUCAAAUUUGUGAUAUUCUGGAGUUAUUUCAAGGUCGUCCAACUCUUAAAAGGGAAGCAUUAGAACAUGUUGAAUAUGAAUCAAAUGAUUAUGGUGUUUAUUUCAACAUUUAUUCGGUAAUGGCUUCACUGUCUGAGAUGGUUGCAAAAGUACUUGGUAAAAUUGAUACCUCAGAAUCAUCACAUUUAAUAGCUUUAGCAUUUCAAAGACUUACCACCUUACUACAAGAUGACCAAGGAGAUGCUGAAAACUGUGAUAUAACACCUCUGGUUUCAAGACUGAUUGGUGUUUCUGAUGAGAAAACUGCUAUUACAGAUUUUAAAGUUCAUGAGAAUGUCGUUAGUUUUUUACAUCCAAUUCAUGCAUUUAUAAGUUGGAUGAUCCAGUAUUCUCAUAUUAGUAAUAUUAAAACAUUAGAAAGUUUCGGGAAUCUAAGCUUUGAUGAGAAUCUUAUUCGUUAUGUCUUGGAGCAUCCUCUUAGAACAAUUGUGUUACUAUCUCAGAUUAAAGUUGGGUUUUGGGUCAGAAAUGGUUUCAGCAUAAAGUCACAACUACAUAUUUAUAAAACUAGUGGUAUCCGGGAAUCUGGUUUCAAACGUGAUUUAUUUAUGGUCCAGCUAUUAUCGAGUUUAGGAAAUCCAGAUUUUAUUCUGAAGACAAUCUUCUCAAGAUGGUCACUUUUACCUUGGUUGAAAGAGGAUAAUGGAAACAAUGAGGAUUAUGAUGCUACCGUUCUACCUUUAAUGGUUGAAGAAUGUUUGUUGUUUUUCAUUCAACUUUUUAGCGAACUUGAUUACCCAGAUGAUCCAAAUCUCAUGGGAGAAAUAAAAUUAGCUGUUGAAAUUAUUCAUACUUUAUGUUUCAAACCACUCACCUAUUCAAAACUUGCUGCUGAAAUCCCUGAUUUUUUGGUUCAUGAAAAGAGAUUUGAAUUAAUACUCAAGAAAGUUGCUGAAUUUAUUCCACCAACAAACUCUUCACAAUCAGGAAUCUACAAGCUCAAGUCAGAAUAUUACAAUGAAGUCAAUCCGUAUUACAUUCAUUACAGCUCCAAUAAAAGAGAGGAAGCUGAAAAGUUGAUCAAAGAAAGAAUUGCGGCAAAACGUAAAAUACCAGUCAAAGAUGCUUAUAUUUCACCAACAAUUAUUGAUACUGAAGAUUCAAUUUUUCAAAAUAUUUUCCAAGUUAGCACUUCAAAAGUUUUUAUUCAAUUUUUGAAAUCAACUCUAAAAUUCAUUAAUAUUUCCGAUGCCUCAAAUAAUGAAACAAUGCUGAAUUAUUUAUUACAUUUAAUUCAUAUUGCAGUGAAGAGUAAUAAUACUGCCCAUUCAAGAGCAUUCAGUGAACUCAUUUGGCUUGAGCUGAAUAAUGAUCAUAAUGAACCCUUUUUUUAUGAAAGUGUUGGAUCUUUAUUAUUCAAAAUUUUACAAAAUGAAGAUUUUGCAGUUCAUCACUCAAAAGUAAGGGCUAUCUUCAGAGCAUUGAAGGAAAAAGAUAGAACCAUAGACAGUUAUUUAAAGGAACAAGUUGAAAGUUAUGAUGCUGCUGUCUUGGGAACUGACUUUAUGUCGCCACCACCAACUGCAUCUUCUGAUUUUGAAAUGAAGAAAAGAAUGGCUAAAGAACGCAGAGAGAAGAUCAUGGCAAAAUUCAAACAGAAGCAAAGUAGAUUUGUUGAGAACAACUCUACUGCUGAUGAAAGUCAUGGUUGUGACACAGAAAUGGACAAUGAAGAGUUGGUAGGCUGGAGAUAUCCUGAAGAACAUUGUAUUCUUUGUCAGAUGCCUAAAGGAACUGAUGAUAUAUUUGGGAUAGUUUUCAAUGCCAUUCCUUCAUCCUGCUUUAGAUCCAUCCCAUUUGAUGAUAAAUAUUGGGUAUUAAAAGCGUUCCAUGAGAACCAUCUUGAACAUGGUAAAAUUGAUCAGUAUUUUGAUGAUGUGAAGGAUAAAAGCGUUAUUGGGCCUGCUUUUCCAGCAAAUAAAACACCAUGUACCAAAACUAAUGCAGUUGCUUCAAGUUGUGGUCACGGUAUGCAUUAUUCUUGUUACAAGAACUAUCUUGUAUCCACCAGAAGUCGUCAAACUCAAAUUACUAGAACAGUUCCUGAGGAUUUUGAACAUUUUGAAUUCAUUUGUCCCCUUUGUAAAUCAUUAGGAAAUCUAUUUAUUCCAAUUUUAUGGAAUUGCAACAACAAUUCUUUCCAAAAUGAAAUUAAACCAGAUGGAGCUAAUUGGUCUGAUGGAUUCGAAUCUUUGAGAUAUGCCUCAUUUUUAGAUGAUGAUGCUGGUAAAGACCUGACUGAUUAUAGUGUUGAAUAUGUGAAAAGUAUACUUAGAUCACAUUAUAAGGAUGUUUUAUUUCAAGAUGAAAUUCCACAAAAUCUUAAAGAGGUCUCAUUAAGUAUCAAUAAUAGAAUUGCUGAUUUAUCACCUAAUCAUUUCAGAGAAUAUUUAUGCAAGCUUAUCGGAAAUACCGUUGGAAGUACAGAAAUUACUUUGAGAGGAACUGAUUUAGGUAAUGACUAUGCAAUUAGCAAUUUAUCAAAUCAAACACUCACAACUUUAAGAACAUUGGUUGAAUUUAGAAAAACAUGGUUUGCAGUUAUUGCUCAUAAGCAACAAAAUGAUGGGUUUUCUAAAGGUUAUACAAAUAAGCUUAUUUAUGAAGCAUUAGGUAAAUUAUCAUUUUUAGGAAGUGAUAAAUCAUUUGAAGUGUUAGAUGAUAUUGAAAUUUUUGAUUUUUUGGUUUCUUGUGUACCAAAUAAAAUUGUUUCAACAAAUUCUAUUCAAAGAAUGUGUUUUACACUUCAUUUCAUUCAAAUUAUUUCUGUGAUUUUAUCUCAACUUAAUGAUAAAUUGUUUUCAAGUGAAGUUGGAUUAUUUGAUCUUAAAUACCCAGAAUUAUUAGAUUCAACUAAAUUUAAUAUUUUAACAAUUUGCAGAAAAAUUAGAGAUAAUCAUCCAAUUUUUGAUAAUUUAUCAGAUGAAAUUUUCGAAGAUUCAAGAUUCCCUAAUGUUAUUUAUCUUUUAUUAGAACGUUGCAUUACACCAUUUUUAAGGAAAGUUAUGAUUUGGAAUGUUUCAUGUUGUGCAAAUACAGAUGGAAUUGAAUUAAAUGGUGAAGAUGAAAUUGGAUCAGAAUCUGAAAGAAUUUGUAAAAUUUUAAAUUUACCAUCUUUAAAAGAACUUUUGAAUUUAUUUAAUGAUAGUAAUUCAUUUGAAUUUGUUAAAUUGAAUGGAUUUGUUUCAUAUAUUCAAAAUACAGAUAAUGAUUUAAAAUUUACCAGUGUUGAAUUUCCAAGUUUUAUUGGAUUAAUUGAUAUACCUAAUAGACUUGAUGAUAUUUUCACUAAACUAUUAUAUAAGGGGAAUGAAGUUAGAUCAUUAACAAAUUUUGACCCAGCUGUUUGUUUAUUUUGUGGCUCAAUAAUGAAUUUACAAAAAAGUUCAUGUGGAGAAUCAAAAGGUGAAUGUAAUAGACAUUAUGAAGAUGAAUGUAUUGGAGAAUUUGGAAUUUUUUUAUUACCAAAACAUAGUUCAAUUUUAUUAUUAAAUAAAAAAAAUGGAUCAUUUCAUCCAACUCCAUAUAUUGAUAGUCAUGGAGAACAUGAUUCUGAUGCAAGACAAGGACAAAUCUUAACAUUAAAUGAAGAAAAAUAUAAGGAUUUUAUCAGACAAAUGUGGUUAAAAUUAGGUACACCAAAUUAUAUUACAAGAAAAUUAGAAGGAACUUUAGAUAUUGGUGGAUGGGAGACUUUAUGA